GACAUUAGGAGUACUUGAUUCAACUUUUUGACUUACGAACGCAUUAAUUCAUAAAGUACACAUUUAUUUAUAUACUUCAUUGGCGCUAAGUAAUUUUUAACGGAUUAUUUGGUAACGAUUUUAAAUUCACUAAAACAGGUUUUUGCUCUUUUUUUUUUUAGGAAAUGUAAUUUAAACGUGCAAUGAAAUGAGUCUUAAGUUUGUCUCAAUGACAUCGUGUAGUAGGUUCUUUAAAAAAAUUCUCUUUUUAUGCAUGUAUCUACAACACAUAUCAUGCGAAAAGUAACGGUCUAAGGAGUUGUUUUCAAAAUGACAUUUCAAAUAUGCAUUUUAUACGGUGCUUUUAUUAUAAUGAUGCGAUUUUAAUGAUUCUAACUAUGAAAACUCUUAUAAAACAGAUAAUUUUUAAUUUCAAACACUCUGAAAACGUGUUUAUACAGAAUAAAGUAAUUUCAACUUCAAACAAAAACAAAAACAUAAAACUUCUUCAGUCCUUGUGAACUUGUCAGCAAACAAUGUUACCAUUUUUAGUACAUUUGAAAUCGUGUUCAAAUAAUCCUUAAAAAAAUACUCAAAAAUGUAUAUAUAUAAAUAGUGGUUUACCUUCUUUACAAAUACUUCGAAGCGACAAUUUAACACAAGAAGAAAUUGAAGGAACCAUCUGAAAACAGUCUUAAAUUUGUAAGUAUCUGAUUAACUUUUAAUUUGUAUAUUAUUUUUACCAGACUUCAACAUAUAAAGUAUUUUAGUUAAAACAAUAUUUUAUUUUCCAAAAUUUAUGGACGGGUAAUAUCAACAAAAUACAGACUAAAGGGCAAAAAUGUCUAUCAAACGUUUUUUUUUUUUAUUCUUUUUUAUUUGUUUUGUGGUAUAAGUUGUUUAAAUUAAAAUUGAAACCCAAGCUACCUUUCAUAUCAUGUAUGUAGUGCAUCUAACGAUAACAUCAUAGGUUACAGAUUUAGAAUUAAAUUUGACAAAAAGUGUUUUUUUACUGUAUAAUUGUAUGUUUAUUUUUCAUUGUACGAUAGAUAGAUUUGAAGCUCUACUGACGCAGUCCUGAUAUUAAAAUAUAUGAAUUUAUCUAUAGAAAAUAUUGUCAACACAAAAGGAGUGUUAAAAGGCAUUUAUUAUGUUAUACCGAAGAAAAUUGUUUUAUUUCAGGAACAAAGAUGUGUAUGAAAAUCCUCGGGAGGUUUAUACUGUUCAGCCUUAUUUUUAUCCUCUUCUUCAUACACCAGGGAUCACUAGUUUUGUUGAUAAGCCAAAGGGAACUGGAGUCAACAAACGAAUGGAAAUCGGUUACUCUUUUGAUUGUACUGUUUCCAUAUGUUGCCUCGUUGUUAUCACAAAUAUGGACAUCAUCAUUUUCAACAGGAGGGAAAUGGAAGGAGUGGCCCCAUUGGGGAUCGCUUUUAUUGGGUGUGAUAUCUUCCGUUGCUGAGAGUUAUAUGUUGACUAGUUUAGUUUGGAGUUAUCUGUGGAAAAUACCAGGAUUUCUGUUAUUGGGUGUGUUACACUCAGGGAUGAUUUUUUCCUUGUUUUCAACUGGAAUGAAGAACAACACAAAAACAAGUCGGAUCAUACACACACUAUUGGUAAUAGUUUUCAUAAGCUGCAUAAUUGCUUGUUUUGUACUGCUGGUGACUACAGACAGAAUGACGGCAAAAGAAUCUGGAUUAAUAUUUUUCUUCAUGGUCACAAUAUCAAUAUUUAAUACUCUUAAAUAUCAAAUAUUUACACAUACAACAGAAAACAGAGGGACUCAGAACUCCGCUUUACUAUAUAUUAUUUUGAAGAUGCUUACUUGUGUGUUUGCUGUUUACUUUUUACAACGAAAAUCUAGCACGAAUGAAUUGGUAUCAUUAAAGUCAUUUUUCGAGACUUUGUGUUUGCCGAAUGCAAAAAAUCUUUGUCUCUGUGUUUCGAUCUUGCUGACUUCAUUUCUAUGUCAGUGUGUUAAGUAUUUCAAUGCAAGAUCUAAAGUUGCAAGAUAUAUUGUUCAUUUGCCCAUAUAUUUUUCGUCAAUUAUAAUGUCAUCUAUACUGGUAUUAACGUUUUCGUCAGUGAUAGACAUAUCGCACAUUUCAUGGGCUAGUACUAUAAGUCCAUCAUCUUCUCAAGAAAUCAAAGUUAGUGCAGACAAUAUUGCAUUGUACGGAACUGUAGCGGGACUACUUAUACUACCGGUAUUGCUGGAUAUAUUGAAUGACAGAACUAUACUGUCUAACGAGUUCAGUAUAUAUGAAGCCGUUUUAACAACACAGCAUUUAUUAAGUAGGACCUAUAAUACAAUAAAUGCAACACCAUCUAACAUAUCAGCUAACAAUAAAAGAAAUGUCAGACGAGUAUUUAUAUGUACUACAAUGUAUCAGGAAUCACAAAUAGAAAUGGACAGAUUACUUGCUAGUAUAAGAAAUGUUUCGGUUUCAAAGUUUUUGAAAAGAGAAAACGUCGUUUUAGAAUCCCACAUAUUCUUAGAUAAUGGUGCUGAUGGACAGAAUAUUAAGCAGUUUGGUCUCCAGUUACUGGGCUUAAUUGAAGAAAAUUUACUUACAGAUAGAGAUAAAGGGGUUAUGUUAUAUACACCAUACGGAAUACAGCUUUCGUGGAAGAUUGACAAUGAAAUGCCAUUAUUUGUUCACUUGAAAGAUGUAUCUAAGGUCAAUGCAAAAAAGCGUUGGAGUCAGGUAAUGUAUAUGAAGUAUGUUUUGAACUAUCGUUCGUCUAAUUUUCGGAAGUCAUCUGCAAAUGUGUCGAAAAAUUCCUCCGUGGCAAGUUUGCUUUCUGUGGAAUCAAUGGAUUUGUCUAAUGAGAAACGCAAACCCACUCAAAAUAAUUUGACAGUUCCUGACAACAAAUCCAAGUCGCUGAUCAUAGAUAAUGAAUCUGAGAUUAACAGUGUUGAAACAGAGACGACAACCGUCCCAUACAUCGAAGUAUUUAUUAGCGAUACGAGCUCAAUUGAAAAGCUUUCGGUUAAAAACGGAUUAUCAAACAGUAUAUACACCAUAACAGAUACACAACAAAUAUAUCAUGAAGAGUUUAAAUUUGAUUGUGACGAUUAUAUUCUGACAACAGAUGCAGAUAUGACCUUUGAGGAUACAAGUAUCAUGGAUGUUCUACACAAGUGUGAAUCUGACCCAAAUGUUGGGGCGGUCUGUGGUCGAACACGCCCAAAAGGUGUUCAUAUUCACCCUAUUGUUUGGCUACAGAUGUUCGACUACGCUAAAGAUUUCUGGACAAUUAAAAGUUCGCAGAACAUUAUUGGCUCAGUUAUGUGUUGUCCAGGAUGUUUUAGUAUGUAUAAACUGAAUGCUGUUAGAGAGGUUGUUGACGAAUAUUCGGGACCAGUAGAAAAAAUGGAAGAUGUUUUUACAAAAGACAGCGGUGAAGAUAGAUGGAUGUGUACGUUAUUGAUGUUGAAAGGAUGGAAAUUAAGAUAUUCAAAAAGUUAUCCUGGCAAAACCUACAAUGAGGGCCGCUAA